AUGGCCGAGGUCAAGGGAAUUGCUGUAGGGGAUGAACCUUCACAGCUCAGUAGCCAUGAUUCUCAUGGUAAGGCAGCAUUGGGUCGCCGCGACUAUGCCGGAGCGGAGGCAAAGACGGAUCCAAAGGAGAUAAGACUCGUGCGCAAACUCGACAGGCGUGUCAUGCCAAUCCUCUGGUUCAUGUACUUCUGGAACUACAUUGACCGUGGAGCUCUGGCCCAAGCUCGCCUCAACAACCUGGAACGCGAUUUAGGCAUGUCCGGGGAAAACUUCAACACUGCAGUAUCUAUCUUGACCAUCGGCUACGUUCUCAUGCAAAUUCCGAGUAACAUGCUCCUGACCCGCGUUCGGCCGGGCUUUUAUCUAGCCUCAUGCGCCCUUGUUUGGUCGUUGAUCUCAGCAUGCACUGGUUUUGUCAGGUCCUAUCAAUCAUUGCUUGCAUGCCGCUUCCUACUUGGAUUCUUUGAAGCACCGUUUUAUCCCGGAGCAUUGUACCUCUUAUCGAUAUACUACAAACGCAAAGAAGUCGCAUCUCGGAUGGCCUUGCUGUAUAGUGCUCAAAUGGCUGGAUUGAGCUUUGCAAAUCUCAUAGCCGCCGGUGUUUUUGAAGGUCUUGAUGGAGUACGGGGGCAGGCGGGCUGGAGAUGGCUGCUUUUCUUAGAGGGCUCAGCCUCCGGCUUGACGGCUGUAGCAGCCUUCUGGUUCCUCCCAGACUCAGAUCACCGAACCCGGUGGUUGACUCAAGAAGAACACCAGUUGGCUCGGGAGAGGAUGGCCAGAGACCAACCAGUCGACGCUGAGGAGCGAGAGGGUGUCUGGAACGCGCUGCGUCUGGCGCUCAGGGAUCCACGAGCCUGGGUAUUCUGUGCAAUCCAGAACUUUCACUAUGCCGGCCUGUCUUUCAUUAACUUCCUUCCAACUGUCAUCCAAACAAUGAGCUUUGGCAAUACUGUAACUCUUCUCUUGGCAUGUCCUCCUUACUUGUGCGCAGGAGUUGCUACAGUGUUGCUUGGCUGGAGCUCUGGACGAUUCCACGAACGAACGAUUCAUAUUACCAUUGGGCUUAGCGUCGCCAUCAUUGGGUUCGUCACUGCUGCCUCGACUCUCAAUACGGCCGGGCGAUAUGUAGCAUGCUUCAUUUUCCCGAUUGGUGCUUACUCGGUGAACUCUGCCAUUGUUGGGUGGAUCGCCACAACAUUAUCCCAGAGCCAAGAGAAGAAAGCGGUGGCGCUGGCAAUGACGAAUGUCAGUGCUCAGAUUGCGCAAGUAUAUGGGGCCUACUUGUGGCCGAAGACUGAUGGGCCCCGUUAUGUUAUCGGGUUUAGUGCGUCGGCUGCAUUCUCCCUGAUGUCCAUACUCAUGUGCUGGCUUAUGAGGGCCACGCUCAAGCGCGAGAAUAGAAGGCUUCAGCAAGCCCGCGGCGCGGGCCAAGGAGACAUCAACACGUACGGGUACUAG